CAUUCUAUAUUUUUUCAGGUCAACGUACCCAAACAAAGACGUACCUUCUGUAAAAGUACGGAGUGCAGAAAGCACACCUUACACAAAGUUACACAGUACAAGGCUGGAAAAGCCUCGUUAUAUGCACAAGGAAAAAGGAGAUACGACAGAAAACAAAGUGGGUACGGUGGACAAACCAAGCCUAUUUUCAGAAAAAAGGCCAAAACAACAAAGAAAAUCACCUUGAGAAUGGAAUGUACUGGCUGUAAACACAGAAAACAGAUUUCCAUCAAGAGGUGCAAACACUUUGAAUUAGGAGGUGAAAAGAAGAGAAAGGGACAGAUGAUCAUGUUCUAGAGUACAGAUCCUUGUGUAUAAAUAAAGAAAAAAAGAAA